AUGGUAAUGAUGCGCUACGUGCUGUGUAUCCUCGCUCUCCUGCUCUCAUGUGCGUGUGUGCACGUCCUUGCUGAAGAAGUGCCUGCCGCCGAUCUUUCCGACCAAGUCCCUGAUACGGAGAGUGAGACAAAGAUUCUUCUUCAAGGUACUCCUGUUGCUCAAGGUACUGAUGAGGGUGAUUGCUCUAAAGGUUCUCCUGAAAAAGGUUCUUGUAUUGCUACUGCUGCUGAAGCUGUUUCUCCUGGGUCCGAUGCUCUUCCUGCUGUUACUACUGAGGAACAGCCAAAGAAGUUUAAUACUAGUGAAGGUAUGUAUGGAUGGAGUGAUUUUUUUAUAACAGGAGAUAUUGAGAAGAACUGUAAGCACCCUAAUACUACUAUUAAUGGCGUAAAGUGUUCAGCGAUGGGAUUCCCCAAGAAGGCAAAUGAAGUGGCGAAUCAUCGUGGUGGAUUAACCUCACAGAAUCAGGAACAACAUCAAAGAGACACGACCAUGGAACAACAAGGAGGUUAUGAAGAUCGAGCACCAGAACCAUCGAUACCAAAUCAUCCUGAAGUUGUGGCGCCAUCCGAAGAUCCUAUGUUGGAAGAAAAACCACAAAAUGGAAUGGAUGACAGCAAAGCAGUAAAGCCUCCUAGUGCCUCUUCAGUUGAAGUCCAAACUCCAGGUACUACUAAGCUACCACAAGGAGAUCAAGGAACACCGAACAACACAUCUGAUAACAAGACACCUGUCAACCCUAAUACUACCCAGCAGUCAUCUACUCCAGUUGUUGAUGCGACUGCCGCAGACUCACAAGAGAAUGGCAAUGCUGAAGCAACGGCCAACAACACUAAUAAUACCAAAGAAGCACCAACCACAACCACAACAACAGUUCCUCCUGAGGCUGUAAACGACACACAGAUCAGCAACAAUAUUGCCUCCGCUGUUCAGAAGAAGGCUAAUGCUGACAGCACUGUCAGUCCUGUCUGGAUGCACACUGCAGCACCGCUGCUGAUUGUGGCUGUGUUGUUCUCCGUUACUGUGUACUGA